AUCAAUUUAUAACCAUAUUAUAUAUUACCUUUGUUUAGUAUACAAAUUAAGUUGUAAAUUCAUUGAUUAAUUUUAUCAAAUUUAUGUUUUCCGAGGUAUCCUAAUUUAGCUAGUGCCGCUUAUUUGACAUAAGACUUACACCUUUCGAUCGAAGUGCAAGUCAAAUAAAGAUGAAGUUCCUUAUCCUGUCUCUGUUCGUGGCGGUCGCCACCGCCUCCGCCGAGGUCCCGACCAGGCCCCAGGCCCUCCCCGUGCAGGCGCCCUCCAAGCUGCCCGUGCUCCCUGAGGUUGCCCCUGCCCCCGUGUCUCUGCCCGCCCCUGCCAUGCCCGAAGUUGCCCCUGCCCCUGCACCAGUGUCUCUGCCUGCUCCUGCCAUGCCCGUAGUUGCCCCUGCCCCUGCCCCCGUGUCUCUGCCCGCCCCUGCCAUGCCCGAAGUUGCCCCUGCCCCUGCCCCAGUGUCGCUGCCUGCUCCCGCUAUGCCCGUGGUUGAGGCUCCUGCCCCUGCCCCAGUGUCUCUGCCCGCUCCUGCCAUGCCUGUAGUCGUACCUGCCCCUGCCCCAGUCGUCCUUCCUGCCCCAGCCAUGCCUGUGGUCGUGCCUGCUCCCGCUCCGGUCGUCCUGCCCGCGCCUUCCAUGCCCGUGGUCGUACCUGCCCCUGCCCCAGUGGUCCUGCCCGCGCCUUCCAUGCCCGUGGUCGUACCUGCCCCCGCUCCAGUGGUCCUGCCCUCUCCUGCUAUGCCGGAAGUGGUCGUCCCCGCCCCUGUAGAACCUGAGGUGCUGGAGCCCGCUGUGGUCGAGCCUGAGGUGGCCUCCGUGCCCACCGGCGAGGUGUACAACGACGGUACUGUCUCCGUGACGGUGAACGCGCCCGCGCAGCCCUCGUACUACGAGAGCCUCAGUAGCUGGUUCAGCAUGGUCAUCAACUACUUCAACAACGGAGUCGUCGCGUCCUCUCAGCAGAUUGUUUAGAGAUUGGUGGUGAAAUAAAUAUAGAUCGCUGAUGUGAAAA